UUUGACUCUCCGCCACGGAUAACUAGUCUGACAAGUUGCGCUGGGUCAGACCAACGGCUCGUCCCUCUGGCUGAACCCGGCUGUGAGGCUCCGGACCUCGGCCAUGGCGGACCUGUGGGUCUCUGUGGGUGUUGUGGCGGCCGUGGUGCUGCUCUGCGAGGCGAGCCGCCGAGCUGCGGCGCGUUUCCUCCCGGGUGUUUGUUGGCUUUACCUGCUGGAAGCGGCGUCCACCUUCCAGCUCUGCUGCUGCACCCAGGAGCUCAAACUGCUGGCGGAAUCCGUCCGCCUGGACCUGUCGACCAGCUUGACCCUCACUUACGUCGUCACCGUUGUUCACUUGUCAACUUUCAGGAAAGCGACGUGUAACCCCGCCGCGGCUCUGGAGAGAGUCUGCCGCGGCGCGGCGAGCGGCAGAGGGGCGGCGCUCCUCAUCGCCGUCCAGCUGGGAGCCGCGGUCGCCGCGCGGUCCUUCGCCGCCUCCGUCUGGUCGCUGGGGCUGUCGGAUAUGCACCGCCAGCACCAAAAGUUCGGGUUCCGGUGCUUCGACCCGCUCGGCGGGACAGUGCUGGAGGCCGCCGCCGUGGAGCUGGCGUGCGCCUUCGCGGCUCAGGCCGCCGCCAUGAACAUCCACAAGCUGGAGGAGAAACUCCGAGUUCACGUCUUCGCUGCGGUCAUCACCGCUCUGGUUUACACAGGUGGGAGUGUUUCUGGAGCCAUGUUUAAUCCCGCCUUGGCCUUCUCUGUUCAGUUCCCCUGCAGUGGCCACACAUACCUGGAGUACUGCUUCAUCUACUGGCUGGGUCCAACAUUGGGCAUGGCGAGCUGCAUCCUCCUGCUCGAGAAGAUCCUCCCUUUUCUUUCUGGACAGAGCAGCGCGGAGAUGGACGGCUCCGUCACACACAAAGAGAAGACGCAGUAGAUUCUAGUUUCAUUCAAGUGAGAGAACAGUCCUGAAUGACUUUUCUCUGUGACUGUUGGGGACGUGGAUCAGUGAGGAGAAAAAAACCCUUUUGGGAAACGUGUGCUCCAGAAGUAGAUGGAAACGUUUUGCUUUCCAGGCCAGUGGGAGGAAUAACAGAACAAAAACAUGAACAGACAGAAACUUUAGCUCUCAUUUAGGUCAUUUAUGAGGAGCAAAAAUGAACCAAGAGAUGAAGAAGUUAGAUUUAAAACAUGCUAUGUUUUAGUGAUAACUAAACACUCAAUGGUGACCAAAAACACCAUAACUGUUCAACAUAGACCAAUAUGGCUGAUACAUUGAAGUUAAUAGUAUUAAAAAUCUAAAAGAAAAAACUGCAUUUCAUAUAAAAUGUAGAAGUUCUGUUUUGAUUACAUAUGUCUCGGAUUGUUUUUCAAUUGCAGGACAAACUAAACUUUAGCUUUCUUUAAAUAUAAUAAAACUUGAUUCUCUUGUAUUUCGAGCCUUUAGCCAUUGAAAACGUGACUUUAAAGUUUUUAUCAGACUCUGUUGUUUCAAACAUACUCAUAGUUAUUAUAUUCUAUAAUAUUCUCAUAGCUGGCAGUCCUGCUAACGUUCGCUAAUUAUUACUUGGGUUUGCGCAGUGCUGAAAGUAUAUACAUUAGAUUGAUGGUAAAUUUGUCCAGGCUGCCUGCAUUGAUGGACAAUUUCUGAAUAAUCCGUAUAUAUACAUUUAGGUUAGCUAGUAAAAUUAUGUAAUUUAUUGUAAUCCAGAAAAUCUUUGGGAACCACUGCCUUAGAGAAAAAUGUUUAUUGUGUUAUGUAAUUAUAUGAGUGAACCUCUUAUGACAUGGUUUUUCAUUUCAUUUUGUUGGAACAUUGUUUAGUUGUUUUGCUUAGUUUAAUUAAAUGAUUACAUAUUUCUUAAAACCAGCAAACCAAAUACAUGAAGGUUUUGAAAAUGCACUGCAUUUGAACGCACGUCGCUAACAGACGACAGUUACGUGGAAUCGCAUGUUUUAUAUGCGUCAAAUGGUUCCAUAAAUAUUCUAUUAAUAGCAUUUAUGCUUUCUAUGCAAUAUUACGAACUCGUAUGCCUGCACCAAGUGCUGAUAAUCAUUUCUAAGAAUGUAUGAACACACCAGCUGAAUGCAGCCAGGUCAAUAUUUGGCGAGUUUCUCUUAAAGGAUCAAUAAAGUCCAUCUACAAACACUAAAAUGAUAGCACAUCCUCUGACAAUCAGUUUUCUGUUUGUUCCAAUCACAGUGUGGAAAUAUUUACUAAAAAUGUAAUGAAAAUGUGAGUCAGUUAAAAUUAUAUAGAAGCAGAUGGCUGUACUCUGCCUGCCUUUCUAGAAACAGCUGAAACUGUGAAAUAUUAUAUAUCUGACAGCACUGUAAUGUUUAAUUAUCUUAUUUUUAAGUUAAUGAAGCACAGAAGUUGUAUUUUUAUUUUCUUUUAUAAAUUCAUAACUAUUUCUAUCAUUUUAAAAGCUUUUUGUUGAGAUUUCAGACAGUAAGUUCAUGUAAUAACAUGAUGAGCUGCUACAAGUGAAAGUUUCCUGGAUGAAGUAUCAACGAGGUGCAGAGGAUUGUUGUAAACCGACAGCUUGUAUUGUUGUUCAUCUUUUUCAAAUUUAAGCUAUUGUUAAUUCAUUGUGUUGCUAUAAAAUUACAUUUUCUGAUUUGCUGUUUUACUGUACGUUAUGUUUUUAGGGAACAUGGUUUUGUACGUGUGUAAUAAAAAGGUGUUUAUUUUUGAUGAUAUGUGAAGUAUUUUGAUUGGAAUAAAAGCUAAAGAGAU